AUGCAGUUGGCGGAUCCUACAUUCUUCGAGUCGAAUGGGGUGGAUAUCGUACUUGGCAUCGAGUACUUCUUCGACUUUUUCGAAACAGGCAAAAGGAUUUCCUUGGGGGAACAACUUCCAACCCUUAAUGAAUCCGUGUUUGGCUGGGUUAUCAGCGGUGGUAUUUCGGUACCAACUUCCUCUCUUCACAUAAGCUGUAAUGUCUCCGCGUUGGAUGGUUUGGAUACCUUAAUUGCUCGGUUUUGGUCCUGCGAGGAGGUAGAGUCAGGCACAGCUCAUUCGCCUGAGGAGAAGCGAUGUGAGGAGUGGUUCUCCAGUACUGUGCAGCGGAAUACGAAUAAUGGUCGGUAUACCGUUGCUCUACCAAUGAUGAAAGGCGCUGUGUCAAGGUUGGGUGAAUCGAGAAACAUAGCAUUUCGACGGCUGCAAGGAACCGAGAGAAGGUUGGCAAGGGACUCAUCCCUUCGAGAACAGUACGUCGGUUUUAUGGAAGAAUACCUCAAUCUCGGACAUAUGGAGAUGGUGGAUGAGGAUUCCCAAAUAUUAAUUCGAAGGUGCUGUUUACCGCAUCACCCUGUGGUGAAAGAAGUUUCAACCACAACCAAAGUUCACGUGGUUUUUGAUGCCUCCUGUAAAACGUCUUCAGGAGUGUCGCUAAAUGGUGUACUACUGGGGGGACCGAUAGUACAGGAAGAUCUCCGGUCCAUAAUGCUUCGAUGCCGGACCAAACAGAUCAUGCUGGUGUUAGAUGAGGAUAAAAUGUUCCGCCAAGUCAUCGUUCGUCCCGAAGACCGCCCUAUACAGUGCAUACUCUGGAGAAAAUCGCCAUCGGAAAGUGUCCCUCGUGCAACCAUGGAAGACACCUCCGUGGAUGACGUCAUCACGGGCGCGAACGAUGUUGGAACAGAAACGCAGAUGCAUAUUCAACUGAAUGCGAUGCUUUCAAGAGGAGGUUUUCAACUUCGUAAAUGGGCAUCCAACUGUCCAGCAGCCCUACUGGGAAUACCCGAGGAGAAUUUAGCGAUUCGCACUUCCGAUGGGAUCAACUUGGACCCAGAUCCAUCGGUAAAAACCUUGGGAUUGACUUGGAUUCCAUCUUCGGACAUUCUAAGGUUCCAGUUCACCAUUCCUCCGCUGGAUGGCGAUAAGGUUCUUACGAAACGCAGCGUGUUAUCUGAUGGGAUCAACCACUACCUCCAACGGUGGGUGAGGAGAAGGUUCCACGAGAAACUACAUCUUCUCAAUCAAGCCAAGGUCAAAAGAUGCGUUAUCAUCCCGGAAGCGGUUGCAGUUGAACUACAUUGUUUCUCUGAUGCCUCGGAGAAGGCUUACGGUGCUUGUCUGUAUGUCUGUAUGUUCGGAGCACUGAUGCAGACGGAAGGGUCAAGACUCGAACUUUGCGGAGCGGUAGUGGCUGCCCAGCUCUACGAAAAGGUCCGAACGUCUAUCAAAACAACAGUAAGCGGCUAUUUCUGGACGGAUUCCACAUGCGAUCUACGAUGGUUGCAGGCUUCCCCAACGACGUGGACCACGUUUGUCGUCAACCGUACGGCGAAAAUCCAAACAAUCACGGAAGGCUGUCGAUGGAUGCAUGUUCCCGAAACGCAAAACCCGGCAGACCUAAUAUCCCGAGGAAUACCACCUCAGGACAUCCUGGAAAACCAAUUUUGGUGGAGAGGUCCCACCUGGUUGGAGGAUAGCUCGGAUCAAUAG